CCUUCUAUUUGUUUCGGGAAUGAGACUCUAAGUCUCCUCUGAUCUUUCUUCAACAUGGGAGAUUACAACGAUGCCUUCAUGCGCAACCAAAACGUCGCCGCCGUUCAGGCCCGCGUUAAACCCCCUCAGAACCGCGCCAAUGUUCAACAGCUCAAGCUGAUUGGGCAAAGUCAUCCUACUGGUUUAACGGCCAAUCUCUUGAGGCUCUUUGAACCACGGCUUCCGUUGGAGUUUAAACCUCCUCCUGAGAAAAGAAAAUGUCCUCCGUACACAGGGAUGGCACAGUUCGUGAGCAACUUUGCUGACCCAGGAGAUCCUGAAUAUGCUCCGCCUGUUCAGGAAGCAGAAACACCUGCACAACGAAAAGCAAGAAUUCAUAAGUUGCGAUUAGAGAAGGGUAUGGAGAAGGCUGAUGAGGAGUUAAAAAACUACGAUCCAAAUAAUGACCCCAACAUUGCAGGUGAUCCAUACAAGACAUUGUUUGUUGCUAGACUUAAUUAUGAGACAUCUGAGAGUAGAAUUAAAAGGGAGUUUGAGUCUUAUGGGCCGAUUAAGCGGGUUACGUUGGUUACUGAUAAAUCCACAAAUAAACCAAGAGGCUAUGCUUUCAUCGAGUACAUGCAUACUCGGGAUAUGAAAGCUGCUUAUAAACAAGCUGAUGGGAGGAAGAUUGAUGGCAGAAGGGUUAUUGUGGAUGUUGAGCGUGGUAGGACAGUCCCAAAUUGGCGCCCUCGCAGGCUAGGUGGUGGACUUGGAACAACCAGGAUUGGAGGUGAAGAUGUUACUCAAAGGGAACAAAUGCAAUCAGUACCAUCCCGUUCUGAGGAGCCAAGGACACGAGAGGAUCAACAUGGUGACCGGGACAGGGAAAAAUUGCGUGAUAGAGGAAGGGAACGGAAUAGGGAGCGUGAAAAGUCUCGUGAGCGCUCCCGUGACAGACCAAGGGAUCGAGAUAGAGAGGAUAGACACCAUAGAGAUCGCGAAAGAACUAGAGACAAAGAGAGGGAUAGAGAGAGGGACCGUGGUCGUGAUCGUGAACGAGGCCGGGAUCGUGGUCGUGACUAUGAGCGUGACAGAGAAAGAAAUCCUGAGAGGGAUAGGGACAGGGAUUAUGAUGUCGAUGACUAUGACUGUAGCCGUGACCGUGGGCGUUCUAGGGAUAGGGAAUCUGACUAUGACCGCGUUGAGUCCAAACAUGAGAGAGACCGGCACAGUGAGAGGGAUUAUGAUCAUGGCGAGCCAGAUGAGGAUCGUGGGUGGUAUGAACAGCAUGAUCAUGGGCAUAGGCGUUCGAACCUAGAUGACCCACACUAUGAAAUCUAAUAUCAUCAUCGAGGUAGAGAACAUGAUUUGGAUGCCCGUGGUGAUCGUUAUGAUCAGUAUACUGACCGUGACCGUGAUUCUUAUGAUGGGGUGGAUGAAGAUGAUUACAGGUGAUUCCGAUGGAAAGACAGAAAUCUAGUACUUGAAAUUGAGUCGCUCCUUUCUCUUGCCAUUGCACCUGCUUUAGUUUAGAUCUCAA